UUUCUUUUCUCUUCAGUUGAAACCCUGGUCUCCCAUUGGCUAACAUAAAUUUCCACGUAAAUUAACUGUUUCAUUUUUUAUUGUUAUAUUUGAAGUGCCCCAAUGUACACUUCACGCUUCUACUCACUAUAAAUUCCCUCUUCCACUUUUUGGUUUCCCAUUAUCUCAUCGACUUGCACCACUGAGCACUACUCCUUUAUUAAUUCACAGUUUCCAGUUCCACCUUCCUGAUUCCCUGUUGAAACUGAUCACUAGUAAUAAAAAGAUGAUGAGGAAGGUGUUUGGUUGUCUUAAAAGGAGAAUAUCACCUAAGAAAUUAGCAAAAGUAGAGCCACUGAAAGUGACAGAAGCUGUGUACAGAGAUGAGUUAACGAAUAAGAAGCAGCAACCGCCAAAGAAGAAGACAAUGGUGAAGAAAACUGUGCGGUUUGCGGAUGCAGAACCUACCAUUUUGGGAGAAGAAAAGUGCAUUAGUGAAGAUAAUGAAUGGAGGAGGGAAAAGGGAGAAGGGAAUCAAGGGAUAAGAGUGAAGGUAAAGAUGACAAAGGAAGAAGCGUUUCGAUUGCUAUCAAAAUGCAAUAAUAAUGGAGGAGUUCUUGAAUUCAAGGAUGUUGCACGUGAACUUGUGUCCGUCCCAACGAGCCGAGUUUGCGUUGUGUCCCCCUUAUUGCCCCAAUAACAAUAAUUUGCACUUGUAGCAAGCUGUAAUAUACUGCAAUAGCCUUCUUUGUGUUUUAUUUUUUUUCCUUCUUAGAGUGGGAUGACUAUACACAUUUUUUGACAUAUGAGAUAUGGUUCUUUUUCUUGUAUAAUUAUUAGCACAGAUCUAGAUGUAGUCCAUAGUUUAGUAUCUCUGUAUAAAAAUUAGUUUUACUAUAUACUUUUGAUAAAUUAGGUAUCUAA